GCCGAGUCACAGGUGCUGCUUUGCGGACACGACAGCUCGGCGCGGUGCGCGCGGAAGUUCGGAUGGCGCUCCACGCCGGCACCGUCCUGCUUUUGCUGGCUGUCUCGUCAAGCGUGGAUUUUGCCACGGCUGAGGGCUGUGGAACAUCGUGUGGAAAAUGCGACUGCACUGGCGUCAAAGGAACCAAGGGUGAGCGCGGACUCGCCGGUCUUCAAGGCAAUAUGGGAUUUCCAGGAAUGCAAGGCCACGAGGGACCGCCGGGUCCAAUCGGGCCCAAGGGAGAUCCAGGCCAGUUUGGUGCUCCUGGAAUUAAAGGAGUCCGGGGUCCUCCCGGUAUUCCAGGUUUUCCAGGAAAUCCAGGAAUACCUGGAAUCAACGGAAACGACGGCCCACCUGGUCCGCCGGGUAUCCCAGGAUGCAAUGGGACCAAGGGAGAUCGAGGACGAGACGGCAUUCCCGGUUUUGACGGUAUUCAAGGCCCUCCUGGCAUCCCGGGUCUUCCUGGAAUUAAGGGCGAUCCGGGCGGCGUCAUCGGCAUCAUUCCCGUCAAAGGCGACAGAGGCUUCCCGGGCACGCCCGGACUUCCCGGAAUCGGCGGACCACCCGGGCCCAUCGGUCCUCCGGGACCUCGGGGCUACGUCGGACCCAAAGGUGACGUCGGCCCACCAGGCCCCCCUGGAGAAAAGGAUAGCAAGCUGUCCUUUGAGAGUGAGAAAGGCGAUAAGGGCGAGCGAGGCUACCGAGGGCCGCCCGGCCCUCCCGGCCCCCCUUCGCCGGGUGUGGACGGCGUCGGCACGGAAUUCAUAGGACCUCCGGGAAACAGAGGAUAUAAAGGAGAAAAAGGAGAUAAAGGCUACUGCAAUAUAUCGCUGAACGGAGUGAAGGGUGAGCCAGGCCCGCCAGGACCGCUAGGCAAACCUGGCAAGGAAGGAGAUGAAGGGCGAAAGGGAGAAAAGGGCUUCUCUGGAAAUCCUGGAUAUCCUGGACGACAGGGUGAAAAAGGAGAAAUAGGCCCUCCUGGAUAUGCAAGCGGGGCCCCCGGUCCUCCCGGUCCUCGUGGUCUUCCGGGGUUACAAGGAGAAAAAGGUUUUCCUGGACCUCAGGGAGAAGCAGGCCCCCCAGGACGGUAUCUUGAAGGGCCGCGUGGAGAAACUGGCGAGAAGGGAGAUGAGGGUCAGAAAGGAGACAGAGGUGUUGAGGGAGAGUCCCUAGUUGGACCCCCAGGACAGCCCGGUCCAGAUGGACCCCCUGGACUUCCGGGGAUACCCGUUGACCCUAACGAGUGCACCAAUGCAAAAGGAUCCCCUGGCCCGCCGGGCCCGCCAGGACUUCAAGGAGAACUGGGACAGAAAGGUGACAAAGGAGACACUUGCGUCCAAUGUGAAGGGUUUGGACCCGCUGGAUUGCCUGGCCCCCAGGGCCUUAAAGGGGAGAGGGGACCUCCUGGUCCAAUAGGAAGCAAAGGAGAUAAAGGUCAUUCUGGACCACCAGGAACUCCUGGAAGACCUGGGAUCAACGGCGUUCCUGGGUUGAUUGGAGCACCUGGUGCAGUCGGAGAGCCAGGAGACAUAUUCAUCGCUCCUGGUCUGAAAGGAGACAAAGGCUUCCCUGGUCUGAGUGGUUCACCUGGAGAACCAGGUGUAGAUGGAUUCCCAGGGAGCGAUGGACUACCGGGUGUUCCUGGGCCCAAAGGGGAGCCUGGCACAGGUGGCAUCAAGGGUGACCGUGGAUCAAUUGGGGACCCUGGUCUUAUUGGCCCCCCCGGGGAAAGGGGUCCCCCAGGUCUUCCAGGCUAUGGGCGACCUGGUCUGACUGGAGACAAGGGGAGUCAGGGGAUUUCUGGCGUCCCUGGAUCACCUGGAGCACCCGGUGCGAAGGGUGAACCAGGUCAAGGUGAAAGCAUCCCUGGACCACAAGGUGCACCUGGGCCACGGGGAGAACCUGGCAGAGAUGGCCCGCAAGGUGCAACAGGUCCACAAGGAGACUUAGGAAUACCAGGUUUUCCUGGAGAGAAAGGUGAUCAAGGACCACCAGGGAUUGGAGUUCCAGGCCCAACUGGUGCAAAAGGAGUCAGUGGAAUUCCGGGAGCUCCAGGAUUGCCAGGAGAUACAGGGAAACCUGGACAGGAUGGAUUUUCUGGACAGCCCGGCCCACAGGGACAAAAAGGUGAACCGGGAAUGGGGCUCCCAGGCCAAAAAGGUUCACAAGGUCCUCCGGGAAUUAUUGGCUUCCCUGGAGAGAAAGGUAACGUGGGCUUACCUGGCAUUCCUGGGCAAGAGGGCCUGACAGGACCACCAGGACCCCAUGGAGUGAAAGGUAGCAUUGGACACCCUGGACCUCCUGGAGAGAUAGGAUUACCAGGUGCUCCAGGAAAAGGUUUACCGGGGGCCCCGGGACCACAGGGACAACCUGGAGAGCCCGGUCCAUUUGGUAGGGUAGGUGAAAAAGGAGAGCGGGGCUAUCCAGGUCCCCCUGGCAUUGGCAAGCCGGGGCCUCAGGGAGAAAAAGGACUUACUGGGUUCCCAGGAGUCCCUGGUGUAAAAGGACUGCCAGGACCACCAGGUUUGUCAGGAAGGGAUGGACUGAUAGGAACACAAGGUACGAAAGGUGAAAUGGGGGUCAUAGGGACUCCAGGGUUGCCAGGAUUUCCCGGACCACCUGGUUUACCCGGAAAUCAAGGCUUGAGAGGUGAUCCCGGUCUUCCCGGUUUGCGAGGACAAGCCGGAGAGUCCGGACUUAAAGGAGAGAGGGGAGAGACUGGUCUACAGGGACCUCCAGGCAACAUGAGUAAAAUUCAGAUGGAGCACAUGAAAGGGCAGAAGGGAGACCUCGGGGAUCCAGGAAACCCUGGAAUAACAGGACAGAAAGGCUUCCGCGGACUACCUGGAGACCCUGGAAUGCCAGGAAAAAAUGGAGAACCUGGUCUACCCGGACAACCAGGUCAGAAAGGUGAUACUGGUGUUCCUGGAGAACCAGGCAGUAUGGGCCCACCUGGGCAAAAGGGAAGUGCAGGCGAGAUGGGAAUACCAGGUCCAGUUGGUCCAAAGGGCCACAAAGGUGACGUGGGUACACCAGGCCAUCCUGGCUUCAGAGGAACGGAUGGAGACAAAGGAGAACGUGGAACACCUGGUGAACCUGGUAUAGGUCUCCCGGGAUUUCCAGGAGAAAGGGGACAACCCGGGCAACCGGGAUUCCCAGGAUUACGAGGAGAGAAGGGUCUGAAGGGUCAUAUGGGAACGCCUGGGAUGCCAGGACUGCAGGGGACCAAGGGAGACAAAGGAACAUUUGGCACUCCAGGCCAGCCCGGUGUACCUGGUGAGAAGGGUGCCCCAGGGCUGCCAGGGUUUGCAGGAGAGCCUGGUCAAGCUGGCCGCCCAGGUGAGAGUGGUUUACCAGGACCUCCUGGUCUACCUGGAGAGAAAGGAGAAGCUGGUGUUGACGGAAUCCCGGGAUCAUCAGGGGAGAGAGGAGACCCUGGUCUACCCGGUCUGAGUAUUCCAGGACCCCCAGGGGAGCUCGGUAGCAAAGGUGACAAAGGUAGCCCCGGCUUCCCGGGCACCCCAGGCUAUCCCGGUGUGCCUGGCGUCAAAGGGGACAAGGGAUUUCCCGGCUUUCAGGGGCAGCAAGGUGAGCCUGGAGAAAUUGGGCUCCCAGGAAUCUCUCUCGAGGGUCCGAAAGGAAAUCAGGGUGAAAUAGGACAACCGGGAGAACCAGGAAUCAUUGGUGCACCGGGACCUUCUGGUGUGCCAGGCAGAGAUGGUCAGAAGGGAGAUAAAGGAGACCAGGGUCUCCCCGGUUUCCAGGGACAGUUAGGGCAAAAGGGUGACACUGGAACGCCUGGAUUUCCCGGGCCAGCUGGUCUUCCGGGUGGUCACGGUCCCAAAGGGGAGCGGGGGCAUCAGGGGGUGCCCGGUUUCCCAGGUACAAAGGGUGACCAAGGCGAUUUUGGAUUCAAAGGGGAACUUGGAGACAGAGGAUUUCAAGGAGAAAAGGGUGAAGUCGGCCCCCCUGGUCCUCCUGGUCCACACACCUUCAUCAAAGGAGACAACGGUCAACCGGGUAUCACAGGCUUACCGGGACCGCAGGGGCCAGCUGGGUUACCUGGAAAUAAAGGACAGCAAGGUUUGACAGGUCUUCCAGGGCCAAAAGGGGAAGACGGCCUCCCUGGAUAUCACGGUCAGCCAGGAUCCAAAGGCAACCCCGGUCUGCCUGGGCCUCAAGGACCCAGAGGGUAUCCUGGCCCGCCAGGACCUGAUGGCGUUCCUGGCCAAGUGGGACCGCCUGGCCCCUCCUCCAUGGAUCACGGCUUCUUGGUGACUCGUCACAGCCAAACGGUGGAGGUUCCGGCUUGUCCCGACGGCACCUCGCCCAUCUACGAUGGCUACUCGUUGCUCUACGUACAAGGCAAUGAACGCUCCCACGGGCAAGAUCUCGGCACAGCGGGGAGCUGUCUAAGGAAGUUCAGCCCGAUGCCCUUCCUGUUCUGCAACAUCAACAACGUCUGCAACUUCGCCUCCCGUAAUGACUACUCAUACUGGCUGACCUCGCCAGAACCCAUGCCCAUGAGUAUGGCACCAAUUACCGGCGAAAGCAUCAAACCCUUCAUCAGCAGGUGUGCGGUAUGUGAAGCUCCGGCCAUGGUGAUCGCGGUUCACAGUCAGACCAUUAUGAUCCCUCCCUGUCCCUACGGUUGGGACUCGCUGUGGAUCGGCUACUCCUUUGUCAUGCACACCAGUGCCGGCGCCGAGGGCUCGGGCCAGGCUCUAGCAUCUCCCGGUUCCUGCUUGGAGGAGUUCCGAAGCGCGCCGUUCAUCGAGUGUCACGGUCGCGGGACCUGCAACUAUUACGCCAACUCCUACAGCUUCUGGCUUGCGACGAUCGAAGACAGCGAGAUGUUUACGAAACCCGUCCCUACGACGCUAAAAGCGGGCAACCUGCGAACGCACAUAAGCCGCUGUCAGGUGUGCAUGAAGAGGACAUAAAGCCCGCCUGACUCGCGACCCCCGCUCACUUUGGCUUUAAAACUUCCGAAUGUCCGAGGAUGGUGCUACUUCCCUGCAUGUGUGAGGGCGAAGGGACCGAGUUUGAACUUUGGCCAACCAGAACAAGAUUCCACGACCAAGUGCCUCUCGCUCCGUGCGGAACGUUUCUACUAACAACCAACGGCGCCCGGUUUACCACUGCACUGAUUACAUGCCCGCUGAACCGGUAAACUAGUGCUCAUUUUCAAUUGGUCGCUUACGUACGCCAGGUGCUAAUGAAUCUUUGCUUAUCUGCCGUAUUCCAUUUGCUCUACGAAAGCUAAAUCUACGUGUUUAUGAUAGAGUUAUGUUUUUCAACUCGUUUACACACACUGAUAUUAAGGACGGGACUUGCCACUGACGCCACAACCGUUUGCUAACGCACGACACUUGUAGCAACUAUCCCUGUUGUAAAUAUAAUGCAUUCCUCGUUUAACAUACUCCUCAGGUUAUUAUUGAGUCUACUUUGUGUGUUAUUAAAUCCCCUUUUUAUUUAUGAGA